GCAAGUGCGAGUGGCGGAGUGGCGUUGGGAGACGCUGUUCAGCUGUCAGCCCUGGCAUGAUCUCAUCAUCACCGUGUUCCUCCGAAAUUCCUCAUCACAAUCGUAUGUGUGACAUUUGCAUAAUUACGGUGGACAAGACUGAAGAGAAAAAAACCACCAAUGUGCAUCCUUAGAAUCCCCAGCCAAGAUUUGGUUGUAUUCCGACAACGUGUCUACUGUCAUGUGUAAUCGUGAGUGAGUAUAGAGACAUGAAAUGAUUGAAACGCAUUGAAAAAAAUAAUGAGAAAUAAAAAGAAAUAUAUGACGCAGUCAGUGCUUCUGCUCAAAACAUGAACCUUGUCAUUUAUUUUCGUCUCUAAUAAUUAUUCUCCAUAACGUCCGGUCAAAUUAACGCGAGUUCGCCCUCGUGAAUUAAAAUGCAUAGUCCGAAAAACUUACUGACAUCGAUUUAUUCGCGUUAACACGCGUUGUGGAACACGUAAUUGAACUAUUACGUAGAAAGUUGUCAAUCAAUCGUACAAUAUAGGAAAGAUCGAAAGGAAAUUUGUGGUGACUCAGGAACAUUAAACCGACCGAGAGAUCAUUAUCAAUGGUGAAGAAGAAGAGGAAGAGGAAGAAGAAGAAGUUAGUCCGCACUGGUGGAGAUGACGCGAUACUCCAUCAGGCUGUGAGAUCGAGGAAGUGCGGGAAACGCCUUCUACGCACUCAAGCGCUGAGAAUGCUAUCGGAAAAGCGUGCCGAGGAUGAAAUAGAGGGUGAAGUGGGUGGGGGUGGAGCUGUGACACCCGGAUACUCUAAUGGUGAGGGUUCAAAAGAGUUUUUAUCCACUGGACGAACUGGCAGACGGAAUGCAAUGCCGGACAUCCUUGGUCAACACGCUGAGACCGGAACGGCGGAUUUACCUACACGUCUUGAACGUUUAACAACAGAAUCUCAACAUGAUCAACCCGGCACGAGUGGGAUGAUCCAACCCGCCUCGCCAUCCCAACAACAAACAGGUUGAGCCAAUCCUCAAAAUACCUCUAAAUUUCAUGACAAAUAUUGUAAGUCUGUCUCUAGGAUCCCCAGGAUCCCCCUGAGUUGCAGACACUUUGACAGCUUCGUAUUAUUACGAUAAAAUACUUAAUUUCUCCCGACAGUUCUACAUCUCUAUAAAUAAAUAAAUAAAUAAAUAAAUAAAUGAAUAAAUAAGCGAGAGAAACAUUAACGAUACCUAACAUUGAAAAAUCGUGUGAUAUUGUACCAAGCGUUACAACUGUUGUAUUUUCUCAAGAAUUUCACGCCGAUGAAGUUAGUCAAUAAGAUCAUAAACCCGAUUUAUUUAUUUAUUUAUUUAUUUAUCAAUUAAUUACCGCCUCUGAACAAAGCCCUAGUAUUAUCACAAUAAUCUCAUUACUCUGAGUUGUAAAUUUCGAUGGAUAUCUUGGAAACUGUGUUGACGACACGUGGCCUACAUUAAAUAACGAUUCCAGAAUCGCACAAUUAAAUGAAAGAAAAAUAUUUUUUUUUCCGUUAAUCGAUUUUGAAAAAACCCUAUAAAAUGCUCUUUUUUUUUUAUCACCCAGCGAGAAAAUUUCCUUGGCCAUUUGAAUGGUACUUAUAGGCGAAGGACCCGUAGCAACGAGUGUUACUAUUUUUACGUUCGGAAUCGAUCGAUUGUACAAUGUCGACAGUAGGACGCGUAUUCACAUUGUAUUCCAUAAAAUGCCAACGCCUGUAUAAUAGGAUGUCACACAAGGCGUCUUCUCCCUUAAUUGAAAAUACACCUCUGUUGAAUUUAUUCAAAGGAAUAGGUAUCCAGGCAUUGCUACGGCCUCGUUUUCAUACAGUUGUCAAAUGUAUUUUUAAUCGAUAAAUUUUUAUGAAAAGCUGUUGCAUUUGCUAUGCUGAAUAAGUGAAGAGUAUUGAAAUAAUUUUAAAACUAAUUUAAUAUAAAUAAACUGAACCGAUGUUAUAAGAAAGUGUGGGAAUAUAUAAAAACACUCAAUAAAAAACUCCUGGGCAUUUUAUCGGUUGAUUUAUCAUUUCUAUUGGAAAUUCAGUAGCGCUUCCAGGUGGGUUUUAUUGAAAUAUUCAUGGAAAAUAUGUGAUUAAAAAAAAGUCAAUAGAUUUUUACAAUCUAUUUUGCUGGUAUUUUUUAGACGAAAAAAUCAUACAAUGAGAAAAAAAUCAUUCAUUUAUUUUUUCCAUCAAAUAUUAUUCUCAGAAUAUUGCAAUAUAAACCGUGCGGAAAAUCUACUGGAUUUUUUCACAUAAAUCAACGAGAAAUGCGUAGAAUUUCACUAAAUUUCCCUGGUGAGUACGUGCUUUUUGUUUUUUUUUUCCUUUCUUCAUCUGGAUUCUAGUCAAUUUUGGGCAGUUGAUAUUAUUUCUAUUUCAGGGCAUGUGUUUUCAAGACAAGUUUAUGAGUGAAUUGAGACAUUUAUUUUAGUACCGAUUGAUAUUUAUAAUUAUACGUAAGAAUGGUGCCACAUUGAAUGACACGUUUCCACUAAUUUUUUAUAAAUAAAAGGCGUAAGUUGACAGAAAGUUUGUGUAUGAAAUAAGAAAUUUGGAAAGUUUGUAAUGAUUGUAUUGGAUAAAUAAAAGGUUGUUUUUUUAUAUUAAA